UAGUCGCCUGUGAAGAUUGCGAUGCACGUAAAUCGGGUAUUAUUGUCUGUGGUGCCACGACUUGGGAGCGAUUCGUGCAGUAGCACGCCGCAAUGCAUGGCGUGAGUUGUUAGUGGUAGAGGGCGGCGCAUGGAGUGCAGUGCGGGCCCUAAGCGGGUGCCAUGAGCGGUGGCGGCCGGGACGCGCCGACGAGUGCCAGCCACGGCUGCCGCUCGCGCAGCCCGCCCGCCAACCCGCCGAAAGACCUGCAGAAGCUCGAGAUCAGCUACAUCGAGCUGAAUAAAGAACGCGCCAGACAGAAGGAAUGGAAAAAGCUAAUUCGCGACAUGGUGUUCCAGAGGGGGAAGAUCCCGCUGCUGCUGGCAGUGGAGGCCGGCAACCAGAGCAUGGUGCGCGAGCUGCUCAGCGCUCAGACCGCCGAACAGCUCAAGGCCUGCACGCCCGCGGGCGACACAGCCCUGCACCUGGCGGCGCGGCGGCGCGAUGUGGACAUGGCGCGGAUCCUGGUGGACUACGGCGCGGCUGUGGACGCCGUCAAUGGCGCCGGGAUGACGGCCCUGCACAUCGCCGCUGCCGAGGGAGACGAGCCCCUCGUCAAGUACUUUUAUGGAGUUAGGGCGAAUGCUGCGAUUGCUGAUAAUGAAGACCGGACCCCCAUGCAUUUAGCAGCGGAGAAUGGGCACGCAGCGAUCAUCGAGCUGUUGGCCGACAAGUUCAAAGCUUCCAUCUUCGAGAGGACCAAGGACGGGAGCACCCUCAUGCACAUCGCGUCACUCAACGGUCACGCCGACUGUGCCAUGAUGCUGUUCAAGAAAGGAGUCUACCUACAUAUGCCUAAUAAGGAUGGUGCCCGGAGUAUCCACACAGCAGCUCGGUACGGUCACGUCGGCAUCAUCAACACGCUGCUACAAAAAGGGGAGAGUGUUGACGUCACUACCAACGAUAACUACACAGCGCUCCACAUAGCAGUGGAAUCAUGUAAGCCUGCAGUAGUGGAGACUCUUCUGGGAUACGGAGCUGACGUACACGUGCGAGGCGGGAAGCAAAGGGAAACAGCCUUACACAUAGCUGCGAGAAUACCUGAUGGUGACAAAUGUGCCUUGAUGUUGCUGAAAUCCGGGGCUGGUCCCAACAAAGCGACUGAAGAUGGUCAAACACCGGUACACGUGGCAGCUAAGUACGGGAACCUCGCUACACUGGUGUUAUUACUGGAAGACGGAGGAGAUCCGCUUAGGAAAACGAAGACUGGUGAAACACCCCUUCAUAUGGCCUGCAGAAGUUGUAAACCUGACGUCGUCCGACAUUUAAUAGAGUUCGUCAAAGAUCACAAAGGCGAAAGUGUCGCCAUAACAUACAUCGACUCCAUCGACGAAGACGGCGCCAGCGCGCUGCACUUCGCUUGCAAAAUCACAAAAGAAGAAGUCAAGAUACCCACAGCAGACAGACAAGUCGUUAAGUGCCUCAUAGAGAACGGUGCCGACGUAAAGUUAAUAACAAAACAUAAUUAUGAAACAGCAUUCCAUUUUUGCGCUAUUGCCGGCAAUAAUGACGUCAUGACUGAGAUGAUCGCUCACAUAUCGGCGGCCGACGUCAGUAGAGCUUUAAACAAACAGAACUCAAUAGGGUGGACACCGUUACUUAUAGCGUGCCACAGAGGUCACAUGGAGCUGGUCAGCACACUGCUAUCAAACCAUGCGAGAGUGGACGUGUUUGAUACAGAAGGUAGAUCGGCUUUACACCUUGCCGCUGAACAUGGCUUCUUACAAGUUUGUGAUGCACUUCUUACGAAUAAAGCAUUUAUAAACUCUAAAGCGAGAAACGGCAGAACAGCUCUUCACUUAGCAGCUAUGAACGGCUAUGCGCAUCUUGUCAAAUUUUUAAUACGAGACCACAAUGCUAUGAUUGAUGUUCUCACAUUAAAGAAGCAGACUCCAUUGCAUUUGGCGUCAGCCAGCGGACAAAUUGAAGUGUGCAAAUUGUUACUAGAACUUGGUGCCAAUAUCGACGCCACAGAUGAGUUAGGACAAAAACCGAUUCACGCGGCCGCCCAAAAUAAUUACAACGAAGUCGUCCAACUUUUUCUCCAACAACACCCAAACUUAGUAAUGGCGACGACAAAGGAUGGGAACACGUGUGCUCAUAUAGCAGCUAUUCAAGGUUCAGUGAAAGUGAUUGAAGAACUAAUGAAGUUUGAUAGGACUGGUGUGAUAUCAGCUAGGAAUAAGUUGAAUGACUCGACGCCACUGCAGUUGGCUGCGGAAGGUGGCCACGCAGAUGUAGUGAGGGUUCUUGUCAGGGCAGGAGCGUCUUGCACAGAUGAAAAUAGAACAGGACUUACGGCAGUACAUUUAGCAGCUCAGUACGGCCAUACUAAUGUAUUAGACGUUAUGCGAUCGACGAACACGUUGCGGAUAUCGAGUAAAAAAUUGGGGCUCACUCCUCUACAUAUAGCUGCCUAUUAUGGACAAGCAGAAACCGUUCGAGAAUUGCUGUCUCAUGUGCCUGGAACUGUUAAGUCUGAAGCACCUACUGGAGUUUCUCUAGUUCCCGAAUUAGGAGCGGAGUCUGGUCUGACACCUCUACAUCUCGCUGCUUACAAUGGUAACGAAAACGUUGUGCGGUUACUACUCAACUCUGCUGGGGUGCAAGUAGAUGCUGCGAGUACCGAAAAUGGUUUUAAUCCACUCCAUCUCGCUUGCUUCGGAGGUCACAUGUCUAUAGUAGGUCUACUGCUAAGCAGAUCAGCAGAGUUACUCCAAAGUACAGACCGACAUGGGAAAACAGGCUUACACAUAGCUUCAACCCACGGUCAUUACCAAAUGGUAGAGGUACUGCUGGGGCAAGGAGCGGAAAUCAAUGCGACGGAUAAAAAUGGGUGGACACCAUUACAUUGUGCUGCAAAAGCUGGACAUUUAAACGUGGUAAAACUAUUGUGCGAAUCAGGUGCUUCACCAAAAAGUGAAACGAAUCUAAAUUGUGCUCCAAUAUGGUUCGCCGCAUCGGAAAACCACAAUGAUGUACUAGAAUACUUGCUACACAAAGAACAUGAUACACAAUCUCUAAUGGAUGACAAGAGGUUCGUGUAUAACCUUAUGGUGUGUUCAAAAAACCACAACAACAUACCAAUUGAGGAGUUCGUGUUGGUGUCGCCGGCGCCCGUCGAUACCGCAGCAAAAUUGUCAAAUAUUUAUAUUAAUUUAUCUACUAAGGAAAAGGAGCGUGCCAAAGACCUUAUAGCGGCAGGAAAACAAUGUGAAGCGAUGGCCACCGAACUGCUGGCGCUUGCGGCCGGCGCGGAGUCCGCCGGACACAUCCUCACCGCUACCGACAAUAGGAACAUUGAGUUCUUAGACGUCUUAAUAGAAAACGAACAGAAGGAGGUCAUAGCCCACACAGUGGUCCAAAGAUAUCUUCAGGAACUCUGGAGAGGGAGCCUCAAGUGGACUGGCAUCAAAAUUAUGUUCCUUUUUUUCGCGUUCAUAGUUUGUCCACCCGUCUGGGUGGUGUUCUCUCUUCCAUUAGGCCAUAAAUACAAUAAGAUACCAAUAAUUAAGUUCAUGUCAUAUUUAACUUCACACAUUUAUCUCAUGGUGUUGUUAUCUUUAGUAGCGAUAACGCCAAUUUAUAAUUCAAUAUUUAGAGAUAGUUUAAUACCAAGGUGGUACGAGUGGAUGCUGCUCAUUUGUUUGAGCGGUCUCCUGCUCUUUGAGCUCACCAAUCCAAGUGACAAAUCUGGUUUAGGGUGGAUCAAGAUAGCUGUAUUAUUAUUAGGUAUGAUCGGUGUGGCGACACACGUUGUAGGAUGGAUAUUCGUACUACCUAAGUAUUGGCCAACGCUAAUGUAUUGUAGGAAUCAGUGUUUUGCGUUAUCGUUUCUAUUAGCUUGCGUUCAGAUAUUAGAUUUCUUAUCGUUCCACCACCUUUUCGGUCCAUGGGCUAUUAUUAUUGGAGAUCUGAUGAAAGAUCUCGGAAGAUUUUUAGCUGUAUUAGCAAUAUUUGUGUUCGGCUUCUCGAUGCAUAUAGUUGCAUUGAACCAGCCGUUUAGAAAUAUAAACAAGGCAGAAGACAAUAAAUACGCAAGACAAGCAAGGAAGAGACUCUUCUCCGACGUGACUAUGAACCCACUGUAUUCGUUCGAGCUGCUGUUCUUCGCGGUGUUCGGGCAGACGACGACGGACCAGACGCGGGUGCACCGGAACGAUAGUAACGUCCAGCCGGCCUGGACCAAUUACCUGUUUAAAAUCGUGUUCGGGAUCUACAUGCUGGUGUCGGUGGUGGUACUCAUCAAUCUGCUCAUCGCUAUGAUGUCAGACACGUACCAGAGGAUUCAGGCACAAUCCGACAUUGAAUGGAAGUACGGCCUUUCGAAAUUGAUUCGUAACAUGCAUCGAACCAACACCGCUCCAUCACCUCUGAACCUUGUCACUACAUGGCUGAUGUGGCUCAUCGCGAGGUGUAAGGACCGAUUAAGCAAAAAGAAGCGACCAAGCUUGGUGCAUAUGAUCGGUUUGCAGAGACAGGACCAGAUGAGCGCGAGGUCGAAGGCAGGGGCCAAGUGGCUGUCCAAGGUCAAAAGAGGACAGGUCGUACCAAAGGAUUCAACGCGUCUGUCUGUAGUCCAUCUCAGUCCUAUGGGCUCCCAGUUAAGCUUCAGCAAUGCUACAAAGAUCGAAAACGUGGUUGACUGGGAGGUGAUAGCCAAGAAGUAUCGAGCUCUGAUGAGAGACGAGCCAGACGAACCGGUGAACAAGGAGAACGAGGAGGAUGCAGCAGACAAUGUAUCUGAAGUUGUUCCCAAUAACAUUUCAGCAGCACCGCCCUGAAAUAAAAAACUCUAAAUACUUGGGAACCAGUGUACAAAUGUAAAAUACUUUACUCUAAGACAGUAAACCCCUUCUCGUUGAAAAUUGAGGACGUAAAGUACAUGCUAUACUCCUUUCAAAAUUUUCUAUGGGGUUUUAAAGUUUGUAAAUAGCAUAGCGUAAGCUUCCGAAUAUUGUAGUGACUGGAACUACAGGCGAACUUAGGUAAUGUGUACAGGAGUGAUGAAUUUUGUAACUAAAUCGAAUUUCAUAUUGGAUGUUUGAAUUGUUUUGGUAACA